GUGGGUAUAUGUACGUCUGUGCGCGAGCAUUUACCUAUAUAUAUUAUUAUUAUGUCRUAUACAGUCAGCGCGUGAGCGUGUUAAUAAAAUACGUAGAUAUAGUCGUUCUAUGCUUUUUUUUAGGACUAUUAUAUUUAAGUUUUGUACAAGAAAUAGCUAAAAUGGUACGGCCGUCGUCGCUUUUGCCGUACAUCAGCUGCGCGUCGUCGUGYUUGCUUAUGAUGAUGACGACGGUGGCGACCGCCCGCGCGACAAUAACCGUGAACGUUACACAUCUGUGCAAUACGCGGCCUGCGGUAACAACCAUGACCGGAGCUUCGACUCGGCCUACCAUCGACUACGGUAUGGCGUCUUUGCCACCAUCUAAUAAGAACCUGAUGAAGACUCGGUCGUCGUCGCCUCCUACUGCCGAAACCACGACCUCUUGGUCGUUAUCGACUCCUAYCGAAAACCAAACGKCUUGGUCGUCGUCACCGCCAAUUGAAAAUCCCACGUUYCGGUCGUCACCGCCUCCUGUCGAAAAUUUAACAGCUCGGUCGAYGUUAUCAACUACUGAAAACCCUACGUUUUGGUCGUCGUCACCUCGUACCGAAAAUCCAACGUCUUGGUUGUCGUCGCCGUCUUCCGAAAAUCCAUCUACGACAAUGUCGUCGUUGAUGUCCACCGAAAACUCAACGACAGUGUCGACACCACCAGCAUCAUCUACCGACAACAGGACGACGUCGUCGUCUUCCGACAACCGAACGUUAUCGGUGUCCGGUAUAACUGAGUUCCUGUUGGCACUCCGUAAAUCGGGGAUUAUGGGCUUCACGUACGGCAGCCGGACUGCCACCGCCACCGUUAGACGAUCUUCCGCGUCGCCGAACGCGUCCACCGGACCAGCGGCACUCGGGCAGAUCGCGGCAUUUCCCAGCGCCAAGUUCCGCGAAAACGUCAAGUUGGACCAACAGACGUCGCGAUCCGAUGGCGGUGAAGGUUCCGCGGCCGCGAUUGGCCUGUUCGGCGUCGGGAUCGUGGUCGGUGACGUCGGGCUCCGGUUCAUCGGCGUGGCUGAGGACGCGAUUAUGUGGCACAGUGUGCCCGCCGAACUCAUUCUUGACCUCUUUAGCAACCCGUAUGAAUGGGACGUCGUGGCGAAAAAAAUGCUGCCAUACGAAUGGCCGCUGGCUGUGGUCUGCGCCUUAAUGAUAUUUUGCGGUCUGGUACUAGCACGAUACGGCGUGUAUUGGCAGAAGCGGUACAAAGAGGCUAAGUGGUUAGGAGACACUGGCUGGGAGUCGGGUUGCAAAAAGGGUGUGUUGGUCAUUGCAAUUCAAAUGCUUCUACUUAUGUUAGGAGCCGGCGCUUGCGGACUGUUGGUGACGAACGAGACCAUGGGAUCUGCUGUAUCAAGUGUAGGAGACCUAAUAGAAUUUGGUGUCGGUGAUUUGGUAGACAUGUUCUCCAUAACUCAAAAACAGAUCAGAACCAUAACUGUCGGAUCAAUGGAUUCCACGACCGAUGCGGUUUUCACGAAAUUAGACGACAUAGCAGAGCAAUUAGGAGGAUCAAUCGAAAAUGAUAUAUAUGGUCCUAGUCAUAGAUUUGGUUCAAGGAACAAUGUUUCUAGAGUAGUUCARGACUUUCAGAAGAUAUUUCCAAAAGCAAAGGAUGUAAUUUCCCAAGCCGAAUUAGUCAAGGAAGACAUUAUUAAGUACAACAAACAAAUUAUUGAAUUGAACGUUGAACUUCAAAUGAUACCCGAACGAUGCCCUCUUGAAGUUUCAGCCAUGUGUGAUAUGAUUUCCGGUAACAAGUUGCAACCAGAGAAUUAUAGGUACUUGGAUGAUUUGAUAAAUGAAGUCAGAGGCGUUUUGGAAGUAGAAAAUGAUGGGCUAUCGAGUUUGCCAUUGACGUCAGCUGAAAGUGCCAACAUUCCAAAGGCUCUAUUCGAACAGACGGAAAAAGAGCGAUGGCGUAUAAAACAAGCUUUGAUGGAUCGCAGACGUCAAUUAGAAUUCUCAAUAUAUCCUUAUGAAAGUCAUACACGUAAACUCGUUUCAAAAUUAAUGGACAUGAAAGAGACAGCUAACAAUUACUUUAUGAAACUGAAACAAAUAGAGGCGUAUAGAUGGUCCAUCAGUGUUGGAAUAGCAAUCGCUGCACUUUUAGUUUGGAUUUUAUUAGCAUGCAGUAUUGUGGUAAAUUAUUGUUCGCACACGACUUGGGCAAAAUGCUACUUCUUUGGCUGCGUGAGCACAAUGAGAUUGACCAGUUUAGCACUUUGGUCAGCGGCAUUAGUGGGUUUGAUAUUAAGCAGCAACGGUGAAGUAAAUAUUUGUAGACCAUUAUAUGACGAACCUAUGUACGAAACUGUAACAAAAAUAAUGGAUUGUCCGGCUAUAACAAAUGAACGUGGAUUCUUUUCUUGGUUCAUUUUUGGAAAUGAAACAUCCACGGCUCCGUUCAAUGAAGUCAUCGAAUCGUGCAGAGAAAAUCUUACAGCGCACGCAACAUUUAAUUUAAAUAAAGUGUUUAACGUUGACGCUAGUUCAGAUUACAACAAAUGGCCAGGUCUUAUGGAUGCUCUAGAAAGUCUCAAAACCAAAAGGGUCCGCGUAGAAUUGGACUUAAACAGACCACCGUCCACAACUGAUGCACUGAGACCGAUUGCCGAAUCAACAAACUUGGACUUUGAAAAGUUUCGAAGUCUCAUUUUGGAGUCUUCUUUGGCUCUUGGUCGCGUGACUUUGCUACGCGAUCAACUCCGUGCACUUUCAACACAAGCCGCCACCUUCUCUAAUAUGUUUAAAAUGACAUUGAAGCGCGUAGUGACAAAUAUUACAGAUUUAGUCGAAAAUGUGAUGAGCCCAAUGAGUCAGAAGAAAAAUAUGUUACUAUAUCAUUUAACAUUAAUGGAAGUCGAAAUGCAACCGCUAUCGGAAUCUUUAAAUCGGACCUGGGCAAAUGCAUAUACUAGAAUAGAAAAUUCCGAUUUUGAUCAAAUACUGCAAAAGAAUAUGGCUCAAUACACAAACAGUUUAAAACUGCUGUUGGACAAAUAUAAGGUUCACGUAACUGAAGCAGUAAAAAYAGAAGCAGCAUCGUGCAGGCCCGUAUGGAAUGUGUAUCGAAUUGGAAGAGAUUUAGUUUGUAGGCAAGCUUUGGACGCUUUGAAUGGAUAUUGGCUUAUAUGCUUUUUCAUCGCAAUGUCGGUUACCGUCGCAAUACCAGUUGUGAAAAAUUUGAAAAUAUUUCAUAAGUCUCCGCUAACUUCUAUGUCACUUUAUACUAUACCUCCACCACCGGCUAUGGAACUUAUGUGCACGAAUAGUUAAUUUUCAAAACGGCAAACGUUUAUCAAGUAAAAAUAUUAUGUUAGAUUAUGUAAAAGUUGAAUAAAUAAUGUAUUAGCUCAGAUC